AUGGCGGCGGCCGUGCCGCUGGCCGCGCUGGUCCUGCUGCUCCUGCGGCCGGGGGCCUUGGGCCGUGCGGAGCCCCCGCGCGACAGCUUGCGGGAGGAGCUCGUCAUCACCCCGCUGCCUUCCGGGGACGUAGCCGCCACGUUCCAGUUCCGCACGCGCUGGGAUUCGGAGCUGCAGCGGGAAGGAGUGUCUCAUUACAGGCUCUUCCCCAAAGCCUUGGGGCAGCUGAUCUCCAAGUAUUCUCUGCGGGAGCUCCACCUGUCACUCACACAAGGCUUCUGGAGAACCCGAUACUGGGGACUCCCCUUCCUGCAGGCCCCUUCAGGUGCAGAGCUCUGGGCCUGGUUCCAAGACACCGUUACUGAUGUGGAUACGUCCUGGAAGGAGCUCAGCAACGUCCUCUCGGGGACCUUCUGCGCCUCGCUCAACUUCAUUGACUCCACCAACACCGUCACCCCCACGGCCUCUUUUAAGCCCCUGGGACUGGCCAAUGACACGGAUCACCACUUCCUGCGCUAUGCCGUGCUGCCCCGGGAAGUUGUCUGCACGGAGAACCUCACCCCGUGGAAGAAGCUCCUGCCCUGCAGCUCCAAGGCAGGCCUCGCUGUGCUGCUCAAGGCUGACCGCUUGUUCCACACCAGCUACCACUCCCAGGCCGUGCACAUCCGCCCCGUGUGCAGAGACUCCCGCUGUGCCCGAGUCUCCUGGGAGCUGAGGCAGACACUGACGGUGGUGUUUGAUGCCUUUGCCACGGGGCAGGGGAAGAAAGACUGGUCCCUCUUCCGGAUGUUCUCCUGGUCCCUGACAGAGCCCUGUCCCCUGGCCUCAGAGAGUCGCAUCUACCUGGACAUCACCAGCUCCAAGCAGGACAAUGAGACCCUGGAGGUGAGCCCGCCCCCCACCACCACGUACCAGGCCACCGUCCUGGGCACCCGGAAGACCUACGCGGUCUAUGACCUGCUCGACCCAGCCCUCCUCUCCAGCUCCCGCCUCCUCAACCUCCAGCUCAAGUGGAAGAGGCUCCCGGAGAAUGAGGCCCCGCCCGUGCCCUUCCUGCAUGCCCAGCGCUACGUGAGCGGCUACGGGCUGCAGAAGGGGGAGCUGAGCACGCUGCUGUACAACACCCACCCGUACCGGGCCUUCCCCGUGCUGCUGCUGGACACUGUGCCCUGGUACCUGCGGCUGUACGUGCACACGCUCACCAUCACCUCCAAGGGCAAGGAGAACAAACCAAGUUACAUCCACUACCAGCCCGCCCAGGACCGGCUGCAGCCCCACCUGCUGGAGAUGCUGGUUCAGCUGCCGGCCAGCUCCGUCACCAAGGUCUCCAUCCAGUUUGAGAGGGCCCUGCUGAAGUGGACCGAGUAUACCCCAGACCCCAACCACGGCUUCUAUGUCAGCCCGUCGGUGCUCAGCGCCCUUGUGCCCAGUGUGGUGGCCGCCAGCCCAGAGGACUGGGAAGAGAGUCCCCUCUUCAACAGCCUGUUCCCCGUUUUGGACGACUCCAGCUAUUUCAUGCGCCUCUACACCGAGCCCCUGCUGGUGAGCCUGCCGACGCCGGACUUCAGCAUGCCCUACAACGUCAUCUGCCUCACGUGCACCGUGGUGGCCGUGUGCUACGGCUCCUUCUACAACCUCCUCACCCGCACCUUCCACAUCGAGGAGCCCAGCAAGGGCGGCCUGGCCAGGCGGCUGGCCAACCUCAUCCGGAGGGCCCGGGGCGUGCCUCCACUCUGACAGGGGCCCCCCUCGCCAACCCCCCAAAGGAAUCCUGCCACUGCUGUCCCUUCAGAGCCCAGUGUUGGCUUUUGAGGCAGCCUGCCCCUCCCUUUCUCCCUGCCGGGCACUGGAGCUGCUCAGACCAGCACAGAGCCGCCCACCGCUGGGCUGUGCGAGUCCACAUCCAUUGACAGUGGGAAUCUCGUUCCCCUGUUGCAGACUGCAGUGCAGCCCAGAGAGCAGGACGUGUGGCCGCGGUGGGAGAGGAAUAAAGAGUGGCGCUGUCCUUG